UGGAAGCUGAUGAGCGCAGCACUGAUGACGAGCAGGCUGCUGUUGGUGUAGUAGCAGCAGACAUGGCCCCGGCUAGACUGGAGCGGCAGAGGUCAGCUGCCAUGCAGGAGCUGACUGCAGAGGGAGCAGAGCUUCUGGGUCUCAUGAAGGCUUGCGUGGAGGCGUGUGGCGCGCAUGCAACCUUUCAGCUGCAGAAGAGCGCUGUGCUCGCUGCUCUGCAACAGGCUGAAGGCCAGCCCGCUGCGAAUGCGGCUGCAAUUGCUCUGUACGAGUGGGCGCACGAGCCUGACCUAGCAGCUGCUGGAGUACUGGGCCCACCCAUCGAAGUGGCUCCUCAGGGUCAGCAGGGGUGGACGCUGCGGCACCGGCGGUCGCAGCUGCUGGGGGCGCUGGAUGCUGCGCUGCGCACGCUGGCCGGCGCUGACGAGGCCCUCGCCGCCUGGGCCGCCCACGCCGCCGCCGCCGAAGCCGCGCUGCAGGCAGCGGUUUCUCCGCCGGGCGAGGCGGCGAUGGGCGCGGCGGCACACCUGAGCCACUUUUUGGAGCUGCGGCGGCAGUGGCUGACCAUUGCGGGCGACCAGGCCGCCAGCCUCAUGCGCCUAGGGCAGGCGGUGCUACAGCUGGAGCUGUCCAGGGAGGGGAAGGCGUGGGCCGGCGCAUCGGGCGCGAUGGGCGGCUGCGAGGGCUACCGCCCACUCAUGCAGCAGCUGCAGCUGCUCUGCACCGCCUGCGUAGCCGCAGUCAGCGAGGCGCACACUGCGCACGAUGAGCUGGCGGCCCUGGACGCUGAGCUGGCAGUGACGGCGCCAGCUCUUGA